UGUCUGGGCUGUUUCACAAAGCCGACUCAGUCUAAAACCAGCUGGUUUCGGAUGAGAACGCUUUAGCUUUUAUCAAGUAUUUUGGACAAGGAUUCGCUUAAGGAGUGAAACAGACGAUCAGGUUCAAGAAAUACUGCAGAAGACUGAAGGCUGGGAAAUGUAUCACAGAAAAAUGAAGAGGAGUAGCAGCAUGUUCAGUAUUGUCAAUUUUUCAGAUAAAGUUCCAGAUAAGAGGAUAUGUGAGAUCAGGAUUGUGUUGCUGGGGAAAACUGGAGUCGGAAAAAGUGCCAUUGGAAACACUAUCCUGGGCAGAAAUGUGUUUCAAUCGCCAAUACAGUACAACUCUGAAACCAGUGAGAGGAAUGAUAGGAAGAUCAGAGUGACUGACACACCUGGAUUUUUGAAUGUAAACAUUAGUAAGAAGGAGGUUCAAAAUGAAGCCAGGUUCCCUGGUCUGUGUAGUAAAACAGAGAUGAUGGUGAAAGAAAAUGGAGGGACGCACUUCACAAAAAAUAUAUUUCAUGAAACCGAGAAAUACAUGAAGAAGAAGAAACUGGAUGAAAAGUUGAAAGAGUACAAACAGGAGCAGAAGAUGGUUGAGCAAUCUGAAUGGCAGAAAAUACUCUGGUGUUUAGCAGAGAUUGAGACUGAUGGUGGGUUUGAGUUCAAGCUUCCCUCUGAUUCAAUGAAUCAAACGCUCAGUGGAGACUGUGAGCAGAGCUGGUUUUUACAGGAAUCUCAGCAGUUCAUGAUCUUCAUUAUCAUCACCUUCAUCAUCAGAUCAUUUUUAUCAAACUCAGAGCUUAAUCACUCUCCCAAUAUGAUGUGUUUUCUGUUCAUUGUGAGCUGUAAACACUUAUUUACCUUCCUGCAUCUCUUUAUUAAUGUAAGUUACAUCUUAGACUAUUUUGUGGAAUAUUUGACUAUUUAAUUAAUGCAUUACAGCUGCCAGACAUGUAAUGUCUUGAUCUUAAACCCCGAUGUGUUUCUGUUGAACUGCUGAUCAUUCCAUAAAAUCUUGCAUCUACAAAGCAAAUCUCAGUUUUUAAUUUAAUUCGGAUGUACUGACCGUUUUAUCAUUUAAGACUUCUUAUUUCAGCUAUUAAUUGAUCUUGUCAAGAUGAUAUUUCAUUAGUUUGUUACUAGAUUUCAAGUGUAACCUAAAGUCAGAACUGUUAAUAAACCUAUCCUCUUAUAAACUAUAAGGUUUGAUUUAAUAUGAAUGUUUAAGUACUUCUCAGAAUAAAGGCU